AUGAGUCGACAAUGGACCGUGGACUCGGAAAUCAAGCUCUUCAGUUUGAUCUGCGACUAUAAGCCCGCAGGCGCUCUCAAGCAACAGAAUCUUGCCCGGAUUCUACAGCAUAUAAACGAAGAAGUGGCCGAAAAGUUCACCCACGCAGAUCUAGAGUCGAAACUAGACAGUCUAUACAAUAUCGCCAACGUGGACAAGAUCGAGGACGACCAGGAUGGCGUCUUGGAAGAUGAGGAUGCGUCAACCACCAAAACUCGUGCAAAUGAGCCUUCGGAAGCUGCUGUAGACGCUGUUCCAGGCAAAACGCGAACAAGGCUGCAAAUGGCGGAAAAGAAGGGACGGCGCCUGGCCAGAUCGUCUGUUGCACGCAGUCUGACGUCUAGAAGUACCGCGGAGCCUCUGAGCAAGGCCAACACGCCCGAUCUUCUGGACGAAUACUCAUCUGAACUCAGCGAUGUGGAAGGUGAGGAGGCCGUCAUCGCCAAAUUGAAGAGCAAGGAGAUGAAGGACGACGCAGAGGUGAAGGAGCCCGUCAGCAGACCCAAUUCGCGUAGGAAAUCGAUGAGGGAACUAGCUAGAGAUGCACCGAAGGAAGUCAAGGAUACAAGAGAAAAGAAGGAUACAAGAGCCAGCAAGGACAUUAAAAAGAAGGACGUUAUAGAAGAUACAAAGGCUCUGAAAGAGCUGGACGGCGACUCCAACAGCAGAGAGGAAAGCGCCACGCCAAGUGCCGAUAAAACGCCAGAGCUAAAACCCCAGCCUGAACAGCCGGAGCCACCACUCACCAGGAAGAGGACACGGGCCAAUGCAAAGCUCGAAGCUCCUGAAGAACUCCCCAAAAAGAAAAUGGCUCGCACGCCGGCGAAAAAGCCCGUAAAGCGCGAAGCGACUUCAGAGGAACCUGAGGCUGCCAAAGCCGAUACUCCGGAGACAGAAGAGGAGCCAAAAAAGAGAAGAAGCGUCCGCACCAUCACUAGACGGAGCCUGAGGAGAUAG